UGCUCUCCCUCUGAGGCACCCUCCAUUGUCGCGACCCAUCACCGCCAGGAAGGGAAGAUCUCUCUCUCUCUCUCUCUCUCUCUCUAUAUAUAUAAUUCUUUUAAAUUGGCGGCCAAAUCGCACUCUUUUUGUGGUUGGGGAAUUGGACACUCUCAAUCGAUAAUCUGGGUGAGAUUUGGGGAAAUCGAAAUCCAACGGAAAAUCCCAGAAAUGGCAGCAAAAGGUCCAUUGGAGAGAUACGAAGAGUUAGGAAUAGGAGAGUCUCUACCACGAGUCUACCAAUACCCAAUCGCGUGCAGAGAGCUAAGCCUUAUUCUGAGAAGCGCUUACUCUAAACUCUCCAAAAACCUUCAGUCUCUCAUAUUCCGAGACACCCUCUCUGCCUUCCACCUCCUUCCCCAGAUACAGACACAAUCUGCUGUUUCGGCAGCUAAUCUCCUCAUGCAGAGUGCAGAUGCUGUACUGCCAAAGCAAAAGAGAGUUCUGGCUGCAACAGAAUUUAAGCAUGCAAAGGUUGCUCACAAGAGGCGUUGCAAAGACCGACAGGAAGAAGGUCUAUCUCAACUUCCUCCAGAUGUUCUUGUGCACAUCUUCAGUUUCCUAGAUUUGCCAUCUUUACUUUCUGCUGCAUCAGUCUGCUGGUUAUGGAAUUCUGCAGCAAGUGACAACCACUUGUGGCAUUUGCAAUAUACUACUUACUUUGGUAAUUCCAGUAAUAAAGAUUGGAGGCCGGAGAGCUGUGGAAUGCGUGAAAAUGAUGAGCAUCAACAAUUUGAAGGGGAUUCUAAUAUUGGGACUAGUAUUGAUUGGAGAGACACUUUUAAAAAGGCUUCUGAAGGGCAUUCAUCAAAGACAUUUAUUUAUUAUAGGGGAUACUGUGGGCAGUGCAGUGCAGUUGUUUGGCUCAGCAACAUGAAGUGUUGCAACCAACCUUGCAAGCUAAACUCCGGCAACCAGCAAAUCAAGCCCGUUUCUCCCGAGCAGAUUGUGGAGUAUAUAUCCAAUGGUACUCUCUCUGUGAUGUAUUCUUCGGAGAGUGACAGUGAUUCAGAUGGGGAGCAUAUUUCCAAGCUCUGGGCCAUUCCAAGACAUCUCGGCAAUCAAUUCUAAUUUAAGAGACGAAGGAAAGCCCCAAUGAGUAACAUAGGUAUGUAUGAGAAAAUGUAAAUUAUUCAAAUGUGGUAGGUGGUAAGGCCUUAUUUAUGAGAAAAUUAGUGAUUUAAAACAAGAAAAACAAAAUUUUUGUGGACAAUGCAAAUUAUAUAGGUAACAUUGUAUUAUCUUAUGCACGUACCUUGUUUUGAUCUAGUGAAUCAUAGUGUGAUUCGGGAAUCAGUCGAAGAUAAUGAGGCUAAUUGCCAAGAUAAUGAGGGUCAUUCGUUAAAUAACGAAGUAGUAGGAGAAUACAAUGAUCUUGUCCCUAAGGUUGGAAUGAAAUUCAAUGAUGAGAAUGAAAUUUAUGAAUUUUACAAACGAUAUGCUUCCCAUGUAGGUUUUCCAAUAAAAAAAAAGGAAUUCGAAGAAGGGUGAGGAUGGAGUCGUAAGAUAUGUGACUUAUGCAUGUAGCUGAGAAGGCAAAAGAAAUAGUCAAGGUAGCACUUCUCUGAAGCCUCAACCAACAAUUCGAAUAUGGUGUAAAGCUAAGAUCACUGCCAUAUUGGUUGUUUUAGGAACAUAGCGAAUAAGGAUCAUCCAUCUUGAGCAUAACCAUGAAACAAGUCCAAGCAAAUCUAGGUUGUAUAAAUGCAAUAGACAGUUGAACAAACAUGUGAAGCGACAACUUCAAGUUAAUGAUAUAGUUGGAAUUUCGCUAUAGAAAAGUUAUAACUCAGCUGUUGUUGAGGUUGGUGGGUAUGAGAACCUGACAUUUGUGGAAAAGGAUUAUAGAAAUUACAUUGAUAAGGUGAGAAAGUUAAGACUUUGGGAAGGAGAUGUUGCUGCUAUUCAAGCGUAUUUUUCUAAAAUGCAAGCCCUUUGUCCGGGUUUCUACUUCAGUGUCGACUUGGACAAAGAGUGUUGAUUGAGGAAUGUAUUUUAGGCGAAUAAUAGAUGUAGACAAACGUAUAAGGAAUUUGGCGAUGUUGUGACAUUCGACACCACAUACCUGACCAAUAGGUACGACAUGCCAUUUGCUCCGUUUGUUGGUGUAAAUCACCACGAGCAGUCGACACUGUUUGGAUGUGGUUUACUUUCGAAUGAGGACACCAGGACUUUUGUGUGGCUGUUUAAUACAUGGCUUCAAUGCAUGGAGGAUUAGGCUCCCAUUGGAAUAAUCACUGACCAGGAUAGGGCUAUGCAAAACGCAAUUGAGAUAGUUUUCCCUAACACGAAGCAAAGGUGGUAUUUGUGGCAUAUACUAAAGAAGUUGCCUAAAAAGUUUGGGAACCAUAGUUGCAAGGCUUCAAUUAUUUUGGCUAUACAUGAUGUUGUGUACGAAUCAUAUAGUCCUGAAGUAUUCGAGCAAUGUUGAAGUUCAAUGAUUGAGAAAUAUGCACUACACGACAACGAUUGGUUGUUUGGACUAUACACACAAAGAGCCCGUUGGGUGCCAUGUUUCUUGAAAACUAGUUUUUUGGCAGGGAUGCCAACAACCCAGGGGAGUGAGAGCAUGAAUGCAUUUUUUGAUAGUUAUGUACACUCAAAAACUUCAUUGAAGCAAUUUGUUGAACAAUAUGAGCGUGCAUUAAGAUCUAAAGUUGAAAAAGAGUUUCAAACAGAUGUUAAGUCAUUUUCUGUGGUGCCCUCACUCUUAAGUAUCCUAGCUCAGGCACCCAAGGAGGAAGUGUCAAUAAGGAUGGUACCUGCCACUCACAUAAACAGAAAUGCCAAACAACUGAACUGGAAACCCCAACAAAGGUACUUAAAUAACAUACAUAUCUGUGGCAAAUCUGUGUACAUCAGGGUCAUAUAUACAUAAUAAAUCUCAAAAUACACUAAUUUGACCCAUACAUAACAAAAUAGCGGAAGCUAACAUCAAAAGAAGCCCUGAACUCUGGACUACUCUAUACACGUCUAAGAUAAGCACUCAGACUCCACUAGGCUCGGCAUCUGCUCUAGCCUUGCCCUGUCUGGAAUGAUGUAAGCAAAAUGAGCCACAAGACCCAACAAACAAUAUAAAAUAACUAGAAGCUGAAAUAAUUGAACUGAAACAUAAAAUGGUGAGACAUGAAAAGAUAACUGAAUCUAACGCAUCGCAUAUCUGAAAUAUACCAUACUCAACGGAAAGCUAAAACCCACUAAAUACUGGCAUGGGCCAUGAUAUCACAUGUAAUAUACUACUGACACCCACAAUAAACUGACGAGGGGCUCUGAAAUGUCAUACAACUGAAACAUGACUCAUGCUUAUAUAAUAAAUACAUAAUCAAGAUGCAUACAAUACAUAAAUAACCUCUGGAGCUAAUAAGCCCCGCACUAAUUUGAUAUGUGGGAUUCACAUACCACACAAGCUCGGCCCCUAAUAGCCCAUCGACUGACUGACGUGUGUAUGCCCCAGCAGAAUAAUCCGCAACAUGCUUUACCCACUCAGUGCAAAAUAUAGGUGAGCUAAUCUUGAUAAUAAUAAUCCAUGAAUAAACCCAUGCUUGCACACCUCAUCGUGAACCCAUGUAUGUAUAGUAAUCUUAAACUUUAACCAUGCAUUUAAUCAUACUUAAAUAAGGUAGCAUGCUCUAAUCAAGUAAAAUACUCCAUAAAAUACCUCAUAUAAUUCUCUUGCAUUUAUAUAAAUCAUACGUGUAAUGCAUAGUCAAAUCUGGAGAUUUUCGUGAAGCAUAUUCGGACAUGGGAGCAUUAUUUUAAAAAAAGAUGGAAGUUGGGACAGUUUUGACAUUCCUCGGUAUUUUGGGCAUAACUCUCUCAUAUGAACUCCGAUUGAGUUGAUUCAAGAUUCUAUGAAAAGAAAAGAGUAAGAUCUACAAUUUUUAUGUUUUAAGUUUUGAGAUAUUUAGAAUGUAAUAGGGUUAAAAUCGAGAUGCAAAAUGAAAACAGAGUAUUGGAAUUGACUGUAAUUUUACUGUUCAUCAUCUUCUUGGCGAAACUGAAUUUAAAACUCCGCCAACUUUGAAACCCUAUCAAAAAUAGUAUCAUCCCCAAUGAAAUAGGGGUAAACAAGACCCCUUGGACCGAUUACAACGAAGUUUAACUACAAAACGAAAUCAAAUGAAACUUUUGAUACAAAAUGAUAUAUUUAUAUAUACAUAUGUAUAACUGGAAAAACAUGGCUAUAUGUAUGAGGAUGCUUGCCUUUUCUUACUUCUAAACCACCUAAGCUUGCUUUUCCACCAUUCUUGCUUGCUAACUCUUAAAGAGACAAAGAAACAAGGAUGGCCAAAGACUCUCUGCUUCCUGCGCGUAUCCCUUAAUGGCCGAAAAUAUAUCACCAUUUCAUCAUUUCUUUCUUAGAUGAAUACAUACACAUGGGCUCUUUGGGUGCAAAUAAUUCACAUACAAUGAUUCCAAAAGGAGCAAUCUCACAUGCUUGGAAGCAUUCAGAAGCUGGAAGAAGGAACUUGGCUGCCAACUCACGCAUAUUACUCUCUGCCUCCACACAAUUAAACCUAUAUCACUUAUAUAAUAUAACACUUACACCACAUUACCAUCCAAAUACAUACACCACAUAGUUAACUUAAUAACAUAAUUUAUUUAUUUAACAAUCUCCACAUAUUACAUAAAUCACCAUAUACUCUUACACUAGAUAUCACAAUAUUUCUGGGGCGUUACAUUUUCUCAAAUGGUCCCAUGCGCAUCGAGGUAUCGCAUGGAGAAACAAUUUCAAGAAGUGUACACAAUCUCAAAAUUCAAGGAGUUUCAGAAUGAGUUCACAAGGAAGAUGUAUUGCGAGGUUGUGUCUAUCGAGGAGGGAUCGCUUGGUAUGAGGUGCGCGAAGAUAUCAUAUUUGACGAAAGAUUCAAGGAGACAAAAUAUUCAGUUGAUAUUGACAAAGAGAAAUGUAAUUUUGUUUGUAGCUGUCACAUGUUCGAGUUUAGGGGAAUAAUAUGCAGACAUAUCAUCACAGUAUUGAUUCGAGAUGGUAUCAGAUCACUUCUUGACAAGUAUAUCUUAAGGCGAUGGAGGAGAGAUGUCAGUAGAUCCUACACGAGAGUGAAGAUUAAUUAUGACGAUUGGAUUAGUACGCCUAGUCAGUUAAGAUAUGAUAAGUUGUGCAGUGUGUUUGCGAAGCUUGUAGACGUGGUUGCUGAUGAAGAAGAUAGUACCCAGAUAACUAUGGAGUGGAUGGAAUCUCAAUUGACUGCAUUGAGGAAAUCUAAUAUGAAGCCUAGUUGUGGUAGUAAUAUACAUGUUGAAAAUAGUGUGCAAGAACAAUUUCCUAAUUCUAGAGAGGCAACUAUAGCUUCAAGGGUGCAAAUUUUGGAUCCAAGAUGCUCGCAAACAAAUGGAGCCCCUAGGAAGCUUUGCAAGAAGGGCUCAUUGGAAACGAGUUCCAAGAAAGCAAAGAAUGUGCCAUUGGGAAGGAAUUCCAAGAAAGCGAAUGUAUACUCUAAUAAUUUUUUUAAUUACCUGAUAAUGUAGUGCUCAAAUUCCCAAUUGUAAUGAUUGUUACUUUCGUUUGAUGUCUAGGUGGGAUCCUCGAAAGUAAACGAAGGCAAUGCCCCGAUGCAAAACAUUGUUCAAGACAGUCAAGCAUUCAGUGAAGGUUUUACACAAGGACAGUUGUAACGUCUCAUUUCCUGAGCGCGUUAUAAGUUAGGACAAUUCUGAGAUAAUAAAUUUUUUCUAUUUAAAAUUACGAGUAAACCAUAUCAUUGCUCUUCAUAUCCAUUCCAAAAUUUUCAUACAUCUAUCUCGAAAGAGAAACAUCAUAAACAUUAAAUGCGGAAGCUAGAAUCGAGCCUAACAUCUUAACAUUAAUCAUAAAUCAAUUCUUACAUUCUCAUUAACCAUAAAUAAGCUUAUACAUCAUCAUUAACUAUAAAUGAGACUAUAUAUCAUCAUUCCUCAAAACGUUUAGAAUUCAAAAUAUCAAAACUUAAAUACAUGGGCUACAUAACAUAUAUUCAACUCAUCGUACAACUCAUCACGCACUUUGCUAAGUGCCAUUUUAUGUCUCAUUCAUUCUCGUUUCUGCUAUAAUCUCCAUCUGGAAGGUUUGAAUAUUCCAUGGGUAAAGUCCAAGUUAGAUGAUGAAUCAUCUAAAUAAGGGAACAAAAUAUUUAAUGCUCAUGUAUGUAUGCAAUGUACAUAAUAUCGUAACUCUCUGUUUGGGUCGAUCGCACCUUAAGAUUAUCUACCAUUUUUUACAGUCUCCCUGCUAGACCGGGGUGUAUGGGUGCACCCUUGGCAAAGCAACGACGCUAGCACCUAAUCCCAAAUCCAUGCAACGUAUGAUCGUGAAUCUCAUCAUGCUCAUAUGCGUAUUUCAUCAUUAACACAUGUAAAUGCAAUUUACAUGACAUACUCACAUCAAGGCAUGACAAUAUGAAAAAAUUAUUUACAUAAAAUCAGGUUUUUUGGGUCAAACCACUUACAAUCAAGUAUUUUCAUAAAACUAAAUCCAGUUGGGAAGUACCACUUACCUUGCAAAAAGAUAAUUUUACCCUUAACACAAUUUUGCCUCAAAUUCUCAUCGGAUUUCCAAUCGUACUCAAUUAGGAAUCUUGACGUACCCUAGGCAUCAUAAUUACUUAAAAAAAUCAUAUUUCUAAUUUUUUCUAAUUUUCUUAAUUUCUCCCAUUUCCUCCUAUUAUUUCCUCAAGAUUAUGAAAUAAAUACUUUCUCAUAAAAUUUUCUCAAUUUCUUUUCACAAUAAUUCCUAAAAUAAUAUUCCUAAGCCCCAGAAAUUUUCUCAUAAUUUUCAGAAUCCAUAUUUUAUUUAUUUCUCAUUUUCUCUUUGAUUUUCAAGUAUCUAUUGCCUCAAAAAUCCAUAAUAAAUAUCAAUCAUGCAUUUCUCUUCCAAUUUCAUCAUCAACAAUUCUAAAAUA